GCAGGAAAAAAAAUCCCAAAUCUUGGGUUUGGAAUAAACUGUGAAAAUGUUUACCCGGUUGGUUUGUAUCAGUGAUUAUGAACAACAUGCUAAAUCAGUACUUCAGAAGUCUGUAUAUGACUAUUACAGGUCUGGGGCAAAUGAUCAAGAAACAUUGGCUGAUAAUGUUGCAGCAUUUUCCAGAUGGAAGCUGUAUCCGCGGAUGCUCCGGAAUGUUGCUGAAAUAGACCUGUCGACUUCUGUUUUGGGACAGAGGGUCAGCAUGCCAAUAUGCGUUGGGGCUACUGCCAUGCAGUGCAUGGCUCACGUGGACGGGGAGCUUGCAACUGUGCGAGCCUGCAGGUCACUGGGAACCGGGAUGAUGCUGAGUUCCUGGUCCACUUCCUCAAUUGAAGAAGUGGCAGAGGCCAGUCCCGAGGCACUCCGCUGGCUGCAACUGUACAUCUACAAGGACCGUGAGGUCACCAAGCAGCUAGUGCAGCGGGCAGAACAAAGGGGCUACAAGGCCAUAUUUCUGACAGUGGACACUCCUUACCUCGGGAACCGCUUUGACGAUGUGCGUAAUAGGUUCAAGCUGCCACCUCAACUCAGAAUGAAAAAUUUUGAAACCAAUGAUUUAGCAUUUUCUCCAAAGGAAAAUUUUGGAGACAACAGUGGACUUGCUACAUACGUAACUAAAGCAAUAGACCCAUCCAUCAGCUGGGAGGAUAUUAAAUGGCUGAGGGGGCUGACAUCACUGCCAAUCGUUGCAAAAGGCAUUUUGAGAGGUGAUGAUGCCAGGGAGGCAGUUAAACAUGGUUUGGAUGGGAUCUUGGUGUCGAAUCAUGGGGCUCGACAACUUGAUGGGGUGCCAGCCACCAUUGAUGCCUUGCCAGAAAUCGUGGAGGCUGUGGAAGGGAAGGUGGAAGUCUUCCUGGAUGGGGGUGUUCGGAAAGGCACCGAUGUCCUGAAAGCUCUAGCCCUGGGAGCCAAGGCUGUGUUUGUGGGGAGGCCAAUCAUUUGGGGCUUGGCGUCCCAGGGAGAGAAAGGUGUUCAAGACAUCCUUGAGAUCCUAAAGGAAGAAUUCCGAUUGGCAAUGGCUCUGAGUGGGUGCCAGAACGUGAAAGUCAUCGACAAGACAUUGGUGAGGAAAAAUCCUUUGGCCGUUUCCAAGAUCUGACAGUGCACAAUAUUUUCCCAUCUGUAUUAUUUUUUUUUUCCGGCAUGUAUUACUUGACAAAGAGACACUGUGCAGAGGGUGACCACAGUCUGCAAUCCCCACUUCAAUACAAAGGGUGUCGUUCUUCUCCAACAAAAUAGCAAUCCCUUUGAGCUCAUUGCUUUUGACUUUUCAAUGGGUGUCCUAGGAACCUUUUAGAAAGAAAUGGACUUGCAUCCUGGAAAUAUAUUAACUGUUAAAAAGAAAACAUUGAAAAUGUGCUUAGACAACGUCAUCCCCUGGCAGGCUAAAGUGCUGAAAAACAAAAGAUAUCCUUUGGUAAGAUUGGAGGUAGCUACCACUGAGGUAAAAAGAUAAUGAUCUCACUGUUUAUUAAUUUGCAUUGUGUUUAGAUAUCCUUAAGCCAGGUUCUUAAGUUGUAAGCUCAGGUUCGAAAGGUUGGACCAUGCCAGGAGAAACAGGAGAUUUAGAUUCCCAACACGGAGGAGGUAGCCCUUGAUAGAAUUGGGUCGAGCUGGUGGGAAUAUGUGACUUUCUGGAUACUUUUUAACACCCUGACUUAUGCUACUUCUUUGAACGUAGAUUUCUGUUCACAUCUUUAGUGCCUGCAGGUAUCUGAAUAUUUUA